UUAGCAAUGAUGCUGGCGCUUUAUCUUGCUCUCUGAUAUUCUGAAUGUAUGAUUUUUUUUUAAUCCAGUACAUUAUCUGCCUCAAUGCGAAGUUUUUAGUUCAGAAGGAAAAUUGAGCACAAGCGUUCAAAGAAAUCCUUCAAAUUGCGUUGAUUAAUAAUACCUAAAUGUUCAACGCCAAGCUUGAUCCCAUUUUCAACAGCCAAAUCUAGUCAGCAAUGGUGACGUUACCAGUUUCGUCUGCUUUCCUGCUGUUGGCGGGAAUCGUAGCUAUUGAAGGAAUCGCACCGAUUCGAAAAAUUGCAGAAAAGGUUCCUGAUAGCUACAUCAUUAAAGUCAAAGAUGAUUAUGACGUGGAUGUUGUGGCUAAAGAACUCGAAGAACACGUAAUCAUGCAUCAAUCGGGGGGUAGGCUGACCCAUAGGUACAAGAGAUCCUUUCGGGGAUUGAGUGCACAUCUCCCCACCAAAGAAGCUGUCAACCUGGUGAUGAAUCACGAAGCAGUUGAAUACGUGGAAGAGAAUGGUAUCGUCCGUGUGAUGUCACUGGGUGGGGUACCAAUGACACCAUCUACUACCUCAUCGACUACUCCAUGGAAUUUGGACAGGAUUGACCAAGCCAAGUUACCGUUAGAUGGCCACUACAACCCGGCAAAUGAUGGAGAUGAUGUGAUGGUUUACAUUUUAGACAGUGGCAUCCUACCAACUCACAAAGAGUUCGGUCAGCGAGCUAGUACCUGCUUCGAUGCACUGAAUGGCACCGGCAUUGACUGCACAGGUCACGGAACUCAUGUAGCUGGUAUUGUAGCAGGCAACACGUAUGGUGUAGCAAGCAAGGCUCGCGUGUGCAGUGUCCGUGUAAUCGGCGCAAAUUGCGACACUGAAGGAACCGUUGCUGACGUAGUGGCUGGUAUCGAUUGGGUAGGGCAUCAUGCUUCUUCACCCGCUGUUGUCGCUGUCUCCCUCAACAUGAACGGUGAUCAUAUCCUUCUGGGUCAAGCCUUGAAUGGUUUGAUCGAAGUGACAGGUGCCACUGUGGUCGUUGCGGCUGGUAACAUGGAUGACAAUGCCUGUGACUGUAGUCCGUCUGGUAACGAACAGGUCAUCACUGUUGGAGCAACCAAUUCUGAAGAUGCGCGUUGGCCAUUGUCCAAUUGGGGGCCUUGUGUAGAUAUCUUCGCUCCUGGUGAUGAGAUCAGAAGUGCUACUUAUACAGGACCUGAAGACACCGUGCUUGUAAGCGGAACAUCACAGGCAUGCCCGCACGUCGCAGGUGCUGCAGCGAUCUUAUUGGCAGAGGACCCGUCCCUUACUCAUGCCAGUGUCAAGGCUAAGAUUCUGGCCGCUGGUACCCCCGACGUAUUACAGUUCAAUUCAAGUAAUUCCACGGAAAUCCUCGAAGCCACGACAAAUCUGAUACUCCGUGUUCCUAGAGAGUGGCCGCCACCAGAAGCCGUACAGAUCCCAGUACAAAAUACUGAUAUUCAAAGAGAAAAAGUGAUGCCUGAGAUUGUUGCACAAUCUGUUGAUUCCAAAGGGCCUUAUCAGUAGAAUAAAACAUGUAUGACCACUGUAAAACUGUUAAACAAGCAUGAAAAGUUUAUGUCAUUUAUUUUAAUUAGAAUGAUCUGAAUGAUCCCUGUUCACCACGUCCCAGGUUACAUCGUUUAACUGGAGCGAGAUCCCUGGCUAUAAGGUGUUUCAGGUUUAAUGGCUUCUGACUAGCGCCCCCGGAACGAAGAUAUUGACAAAUGGGAAGAGCUGCCAACAUAGGGCUGGAUAGUUCAGUUGGUAGACUACCGGUACGGUAUUCUGGAGGUCACACUAGCUCAAAUCCCGCUUCAGUCAAUUUCUUUAUUCAUCUUUGUAAUCAUUUAUAACCACCUAGUUUCCCUAUAUAGUUCGUUUCAUGGUUUAUUUUCUUUAGAUUUACAAAACCUGCAGCGUCUUUCAUAAAUUAAGCUGUACUCUAUUAGCCCAAAUGAACAAUCAUGUUGCAGUAUUAUUGUUCAAAACCUUUCACAGUAAAGUUCACGAAUACUUGCAACCCAUCAUCAAUUAAUUUUUGAGGGCUGCUCUCAGCUGAUUGGAGGAGUUGUUAUGGGAUUGAAGACCCCCUGAGCCACUGACCUAUGUCAAUACUAGUGAAAUGAGAUGAACAUACUUAACAGAAUACCAAAGCUAUUUAUUAUAUAUAACGGGUUUGCCCUUACCCAACGUAUAUUAAUAAACACUGUAUGCUCAGUGCUUUUUAUUAUGUUAUUCAGAGUGUACGAGAAAAUAUCAAAAUAGAUUUCAUUAUUUUCUGGAAGCAUGCCCCAGAGAUUUCUCAACGUCAGUUCCGAAUUAAAUUUCAAAGUUUCUGUUAAACUAUCUCACAAACCUAUUAGUUUACCAUCAAAACGUGUGUGAUCUUCCACUUAGGUUCUUUGCGUACGGGGAGGGGCCUUUUUAUGAGUCGGAUUACUCAAGUUAGCAACUUUGAUGGCCAGAUGUGCUUUUUAGAAUGAUGAAGUACAACACUA